UAUCCUCGCAUCUACGUAUCUACUUCAUAUCUCAAUUGAACGAGAAGUUUUUGGUUAUAUAUAUGUUUUAUUGAAAGCAUAAUAAUGUAACAAGUACUUUGUGUGCACUAUAAUAAAGUACAAUGGGUUGCUACAAAAUUUUGCUAGUGACCAUAGUUUCAUUCCUUUUUUUGGUUCAAAAUACCAAAGGGUGGGGAGAUGAUGGACAUGUCAUUGUUUGUAAGAUUGCUCAGGCUCGGCUAAGUGAUGCAGCUGCUAAGGCUGUAAAAAAAUUGUUGCCAGAAUCUGCAAACAAUGAUUUAUCGAGCAAGUGUUCAUGGGCAGAUCAUGUGAGGUUUAUAUAUCCAUGGUCGUCUGCUUUGCACUUUGCUAAUACACCCGACGUUUGCAGUUACAAGACCACUAGGGACUGUAAAGAUCAGAAAACAGGAAUUAAGGAGCGAUGUAUUGUGGCGGCAAUUACAAAUUACACCAACCAGCUACUCCAUUUUGGCAGUAACACAAAAUCUAAAUAUAACCUUACACAAGCCCUUUAUUUCCUUUCACAUUUUCUGGGAGACAUUCAUCAGCCUCUACAUUGUGGCUUUCUCGCAGACAAAGGAGGCAAUUCAAUUACAGUUCAUUGGUUCACAAGAAAGCAAAAUCUUCACCAUAUUUGGGAUGCUAGCAUACUUGACACAGAAGUUCAAAGAUUCCAUGACUCAGACAUGGACGAGUUUAUUGAUGCACUUCAACAGAAUAUUACGAAAGUAUGGUCUAAAGAAGUAGAAGAAUGGGAGAGCUGCAUUUCUAAUGACAUCGCAUGUCCAUCCAUAUAUGCUUCUGAAAGCAUCGAAGAUGCAUGUAAAUGGGCAUAUAAAGAUGCACCCGAAGGCUCCACACUCAAAGAUGAUUACUUUCUGUCACGUUUUCCUAUAGUCAAUUUGCGAUUAGCUCAAGGAGGAGUUCGGCUGGCUGCAAUUCUAAAUCGUAUUUUUGACAACGACACAAUUGUCAAUGUCGAUGUAAUUUAAUGAAAUAAUAAUUUUCAUGUACCCGUGAUUAUAUUAUGAACAAUUUGAGUAAAAAAAAUGAAAUAAUAAUAAUAAAUAAAUAAUAAAGGAGAGGGAAACGGGAGGUUGAUUGUAAGACAAAAGAAAAAACAUUUGUAUUAUUUAUCUUCUCCUCUUUAUUAAAAAAUUUAUGUUGCAAUAA